UUCAUCGAUCUUAACUGAAAAAUGUCUGGAAGAGGAAAAGGAGGAAAGGGACUCGGUAAAGGAGGCGCCAAGCGUCACCGUAAAGUUCUCCGUGAUAACAUCCAGGGCAUCACCAAGCCCGCCAUUCGCCGGCUGGCUCGCCGCGGCGGAGUGAAGCGUAUCUCCGGCCUGAUCUACGAGGAGACCCGCGGUGUGCUUAAGGUUUUUCUGGAGAACGUCAUCCGUGACGCCGUCACGUACACCGAGCACGCCAAGAGGAAGACUGUGACCGCCAUGGAUGUGGUGUACGCUCUGAAGAGACAGGGUCGCACCCUGUACGGCUUCGGAGGCUAAAUUACCCGGAUCAACGACAACACAACGGCUCUUUUAAGAGCCACCCACUAGUCCUUAAAGAGCUCAACUCCUCCGUUCGUAGUAUUAAUUGAAAGCAUGAAAUAAUUCCAUCAGAAGUACUUCAUCAGUCUGUAGAAUAUUAACUUUUAUCUGCAGAAAUGCACAUU